AGCUGUCAAUUUAUCAAUGUCAAAUCAAAGCGUAAAUUGUAAAAAUAUCAAAGAUAAUUGUUAAUUAAAAAUUACUUUAUUGUUACCCAAACAAUCGUUUCUAAAUAUAAUGUAAUCACAGCAAAAAGUCAUAGAGCCGUAUAUUUAUUCUGAUACUGUUAUCACAACAAAAUCUAUCAUGGAUAUUGACGACUAUGAUGCGUUGCCUGACGACGCUACAUGUAGCGUUUGCUUCGCCGAAUUCCUGGACAAAGAGGAUUUAGAGGUCCACAUACGACAGAUUCAUCUAAACAAAGCUACGCAGCCUCGUUUCUGUGAUAUAUGCACUCAAAUAUUCCCUGAUAUCGAGGAGUUUGCGCUACAUAUCCGAAAUGUCCACUUGGCUACUAUUCUGUGUUGCAAAUACUGCACUAGGAUGUAUAAAUCCAAUACGGAGUUAGUAGAACACGAAAAAGCUCACAAAGCAACUGUUUUGUACCCAAAAAUAUCAUGUUCCCAAUGUAAAUGUAUGUUUGAACAUAAAAAUGAAGUGAAAGACCAUGAAUUAAAAGAGCACAGGGAUUCGAAUCACGGUAUCAUGUCCAAAGAGGUUUUACCAAUACUUUCAUCGUUAUUAUGUAUGAACGCUGUGGAUUUUCUCGCUGCACCGUUUUACAAUUUCCCGUACAAUUGCAGAGUGUGUGAUAUAACAACCAUAGAUAUAAAUGUGUAUCUGCAACAUUUUGUUGAUAAUAGAUGUCGAUGUUACACUUGUGACAAAUGCUGUAAAGUAUUUACAUCUAAAUUUAAUCUUGGCGUCCAUUUGAAACUAUUACAUGGAAACGCCCCUGUUAUUGAUAAGAAGUGUCCUAAAUGUAAGUUGCCAUAUAAAGGUCGGCUUAUGUUGCACUUAAAAACUUGUAAGGGCAUGACAUGUGGGCUGUGUGACUUGACGUUUAAAUCGGUUACCGAUUUUACGAAUCACAGAAUCAAGCAUCAGUCACAAGCAUUGGCGUGCGAAUAUUGCAUAUACUGUCAACGACAGAUGAUUGGCAGCGUCAUGCAGAAGCAUAUAGACAGAGCUCAUAAAAACGAGGUUCAUUUAUACAAAUACCAUUGUACAGAUUGUAAAAGAGUUUUUAAGCAUCCCAAAUUACUGUUUGCACACUUUUAUUCAAAACACAAGGACUUGCAUCCAUAUACUUGUAAGAUAUGUGAUAAAAAAUUUCGAAUUCGCAAAUCUUUUACACUCCACAUCAAGUUAACUCACAAAAGUGUUGGUUCUGUUAAAUUUGACAGUAAUUUCCAUGUAUUUUUUACUGAUAAUGAAUCUGCUAAACAGAGUCUUUCAGAUGUAAGUCAAAUUAAUGCAUCUGAAAAUAAUGAUGAUGGAGUAAGUUUAGAAAAUGAUGAUCAAGCUCACAAAGAUUCAGUUGACUCAAAUCAAGACAAUAUUAUAGACGGUAAAAAUAUGGAGGUAUGUGACAAUGAAGUUGAAAUUCAAUCGGAAGAAGUUGAUCUUGAACUCUCAAAUGAUAAAAAUGAUGAGAUGUCAACAGAAGUUGAAAGUCCCAGCAAAAUAAAUGAUAAGGUUGUCGAAGAGACUAUUAAUAUUGAGUUUCAGAUGGAAAAUGUAGACAAUGACAACAUAAUCAAUAAAAAUAUUACAAAUAAUAGUGAUAUUGAUGUAAAAACAGAUGAAAGGCAUGUAAAAAAGAUAGCAGUGAAACGCAGAAGAAGUUUUAGUAAAAAAGUCAAAGACAACAUAACAGACAAUGACAUAUCCUCUGAUGAUUCAGACAUACCACUAAAAGUGAUAUGUGAUAGAAGGAAAUCAGGGAGGAAAUUUAAAAGAGUUUCCAAAGGCCCGUGGAAUCCACCAAAGAAUAAGAACUUCAUAUGUAAAACGUGUAACAAAAAUUGCUACACAUAUCAAAACUACCACAGACAUAUAGCAUUACAUGUUAAAAAUGAAACCAAAGUGUGCAUCAAAUGUCACAAAAAAUUUUCUUCAGUGAACAAACUUAACAAACACAUAAAAAAUGAGCAUUCAUCCUCAAAAUUAACAGAAACGUUAAAAAAGCUGCUGGAAAAACGUAAAAAUACAGAAAUAAAACAAAAUAAUGCAACACCAAUACCAAUAGAGACACUGGACGACCAACCAAUAUUAUCGACAAGUGAAAAAUUCCGCAACACUAUAAAAAAGGUUGCCAUUUCAAGAAGUGAUACUAAAGCCACAAUAAAACUAGUAGACAAAGACAAAAUAUCAGUAAAAAAAUACUUGGAAAGCUUCACACCAGAUACAAACGACAUAAAAAUUACAAUGAUCAAAAGUGCAACCACUUGUGAUGCGAAGAAAAUUAGACGACCAUUUAUAAAGCUAACAAAAUUCACUCCAGAUAACAUAUCAAAUACACAGGUGAAAUUAAAAAUGCCAGUCAAAUUCGCAGAUGAUUUGAAUGAGAAGUUUCAAGUGAGUAUAAAACUUGUAUCAAAUUAUGUGCCACCGUCAAUGAAGUUCAUUAACAAACCACACUUCAUCAAUGAUGAAACAUUUGAUGAACCUGAAUAUACUGAUACAUACGAACCUGAAGAAGUAGAAGAACCAAUACCAGAAGUAGCACAAGAAGUAAGUUUAGUAGGCACAGAAGAAUCAAGAAACUUUGUUCACACAAUAGACUUGAAGAACUUGUCGGAAUGGCAUAAGAACAUUAAGAUUGCACAUCCGACGACUGUGGCUCCAUUUUUCAAAAUAUCGAAAGUAUUUCUCGGUAACGAUGAAAAAUUCACAUUGGCUCCAGAAGAAAUUGAACCUCCACCGCCACCGAAGGAUAUAACUUUAGCGAAUGGUAAAAAAUUGGUUAGAGCAAAUCCAUUCGCACACUUACUAGAUACUAAGACAAUAGAUGAAUUGAAAAAGACAAAGAAAAAGAAAUAUACUUACUACAAACCGAGAUUAACUAACGUAGCUGAAGCUUUAACGAAAGCUAUGCAAAAGUUAGAAGGUGGUUCGCUAAAUAAAAAAAAGAAAAAGCAGUAAUUAUCUGUAACAAGGAAUUUACUAUAUGAAUACUGUAUGAUUUUUUGUUAUUGGAAUACGAAAACAUUGUCAGCAAAGAUGAUAUACUAUUAGACAUGUCACGCGUCGUAACUGAGGCAAACAAAAGUGGCCAAUUGUCUUAAUAAUACAUCAAUGCUCAUUUGCCUGGUAUUACAACAACCAUGCUCUUCAGAAUACAGCAUUGCUGCAGCAACAAUAAUAAUCCUCUUUUUAAGCUCUACUGCAACUUGAAUUAAUAAACAUCUGUUUAUUCAUAGAAUGUAAUGUUCUGAAUACUAAUUAUAGUUUUACUAUGUUUGUAUUAGUUAUGUAUU